ACUCCAUUUUCACCUGGAUGAGCAGAAGGAAGGAAAGUGAGCAGCAGUGGUCACCAACCAGUCGAGAGUCUUCACUGUGGAUCCCAGUAAAGCUCUGGACUCACUGGCUGAGGAGUGAGAAACAUCGACCUGCAGACACAGGCUGAAGAUGAGUGGUUAUGAGGAGGAAGAGGACAGAGCAGAGUCUCCAGUGUUCAGCUGUGUGUCGCUGAAGAGUGACCGGUCCAUGGGACAACCUCUGUUGUUCAGUAAUGAACCUGGACCCUCACACACAGAAGGUCAGGACCACAGACUGAGAGCAGAGUCUCAAGGGUCCAGCUGUUUGUCUCUUAAGAGUGACUGGUCCAAAGGAUUUGCUCCAGACUUCAGUAAUGAACCUGGACCCUCACCCACAGAGGAGAGGAAGAGGAGUCAUGUUUCUGAGGAGGAGCAGUCGUCCUGCUGUGCUUCGUGUCAGGACGUCCUGAAGGAUCCAGUCUCCACCAGCUGUGGACACUGGUUCUGCAGACAGUGCAUCACCUCAUACUGGGACCAGUCUGGUUCUUCAGGAGACUCCUCAUGUCCCCAGUGUGGACAAAGAUCCAGACCAGGAGCUGGAGAUCGUGGUCUGCAGGAGGUUUUAGAUGAACAUCAGCUCAGUGUGAGGAGGAGAUGUGAACAUGUGUCUGAAGGAACUGAUGAAACAGGAAGUAGAACCCUCCUCAACAGGAUCUUUACUGAGCUCCACAUCACAGAGGGACAGAGUGAAGAGGUUAAUACUCAACACGAGGUGAGGCAGCUUGAGACGGCUUCCAAGAUGAAGAUCCUCCAGGACACUCCCAUCAAGGUCCACGACAUCUUUAAAGCCUCCACUGACCAGCAGAGCAGCAUCAGAGUCGUCCUGACCAACGGCGUCGCUGGCGUUGGAAAAACCUUCUCGGUGCAGAAGUUCACUCUGGACUGGGCAGAGGGUUUAGAGAACCAGGAUGUGGGUCUGCUGGCUGUGCUUUCGUUCAGGGAGCUGAACCUGGUGAAGGACCAGCAGCACAGUCUUCUCACGCUGCUCCGUGUUUUCCAUCCAGCGUUACAGAAGCUCACAGCAGAGACGCUCACUGUCUGUAAACCUUUGUUCAUCUUUGACGGCCUGGAUGAAAGCAGACCUUCUCUGGACUUCAACUACAGGCAGCUUGUGUCUGAGGUCACACAGAGGUCAUCAGUCAACGUGCUGCUGACAAACCUCAUCCGGGGGAAUCUGCUUCCCUCGGCUCUUGUCUGGAUAACCUCCAGACCUGCGGCGGCCAAUCAGAUCCCUCCUUCAUGUGUUGACAGGGUCACAGAAGUACGAGGCUUCACUGACGCCCAGAAGGAGGAGUACUUCAGGAUGAGAUUCAGUGAUGAAGAGCUGUGCAGCAGAAUCAUCUCACACAUCAAGACGUCCAGGAGCCUCCACAUCAUGUGUCAAAUCCCAGUCUUCUGCUGGAUCAGUGCUACAGUUCUGGAGCACAUGUUGACCACAGACCAGAGAGGAGAGCUGCCCAAGACCCUGACUGACCUGUACUCACACUUCCUGCUGGUUCAGACAAAGAGGAAGAACAACAAGUACGGUGAGAAGAAGGCUGACAGGGACGUUCUCCUGAAGCUGGGGAGGCUGGCGCUCAAACAACUGAGGAAAAGAAACAUCAUGUUCUACCAAGAAGACCUGGAGCAGUGUGGUCUUAAUGUCACAGAGGCCUCAGUGUACUCAGGAGUUUGUACUGAGAUCUUCAGAAGAGAGUGUGUGAUCUUCCAGAAAUCAGUCUACUGCUUUGUUCAUCUGAGCGUUCAGGAGUUUCUGGCUGCAGUCUACAUGUUCCACUGUUACACCAAGAGGAACAUAGAAGAACUCAACAACUUCUUGGGAACAUAUGGGAGCAGAGACAUUACCUUCUCCCUGGAUGACCUCCUGAAAAGAACCAUGGAGAAAUCCCUCACCAGUACAAAUGGUCAUCUGGACCUGUUUGUUCGAUUCCUUCACGGCCUCAGUCUGGAGUCCAACCAGAGAGUCUUAGGAGGCCUGCUGGGUCGGACCGAGAACAAUCCAAAUAUCAUCCAGAGAGUCUUAGGAGGCCUGCUGGGUCGGAAAGAAAAUAAUCCAAAGAUCAUCCAGAGAGUCAUCAACAACCUGAAGAAGAUGCAGAGUGAUGACAUUUCUCCUGACAGAAGCAUCAACAUCUUCCACUGUCUGACUGAGAUGAACGACCACUCAGUUCAUCAGCAGAUGAAACAGUUCCUGACGUCAGAGAACAGAUCAAAGGAGAAACUCUCUGUCAUCCACUGCUCAGCUCUGGCCUACAUGCUGCAGAUGUCAGAGGAGGUUCUAGAUGAGUUGGACCUGGAGAAGUUCAACACAUCAGUCCAGGGUCGACAGAGACUGAUCCCAGCUGUGAGGAACUGCAGGAAGGCUCGACUCUGUGGUUGUGAACUCUCAGAGACUCACUGUGAAGUUGUGGCCUCAGCUCUGAAGUCAGACCCCUCACAUCUGAGAGAACUGGAUCUGAGUCACAACGAGCUGCAGGACUCAGGAGUGAAGCUGCUGUGUUCUGGACUGGAGAGUCCAAACUGUCGACUGGAGACUCUAAGGAUGUAUCAGUGCAGUCUGUCAGAGAUCAGCUGUUCUUCUCUGGCUUCAGCUCUGAGGUCAAACCCCUCUCAUCUGAGAGAACUGGAUUUGACUAACAACAAGCUGCAGGACUCAGGAGUGAAGGAGCUGUGUGGUUUUCUACAGAGUCCAAUCUGUCGACUGGAGACUCUGAGGUUGUAUCACUGCAGUCUGUCAGAGAUCAGCUGUUCUUCUCUGGCUUCAGCUCUGAGGUCAAACCCCUCUCAUCUGAGAGAACUGGAUCUUAGAGACAACAACCUGCAGGACUCAGGAGUGAAGGAGCUGCUUGAUCUAAAGCAGAGUCCAACCUGUCGACUGGAGACUGUGAGUCCUACGAAGCUCGUCCACUCCUUAACGAGGUAAAUCACCAUGAUAACUUCUGAUGAACGGCUAACCUGCUCCAGGUUAAGUUUGAUAUCAACCCGUAUAAAUGCUCCGCCCACUGACCACAGUGACUCUACACUGUUGUGUGGUGCACACUCUCCUUAAAGGGAAGGAUAAGGGAAGUUUAAAUCAACGUCUGGUUGUCCUAAUUGACAGUGUGUGUCCUGAGAGUCAGUGUGUGUCUGCUGUAAGUCAAACUGUCCAUGUCUGUGAUUGGUCAUACACAGUAAACCCCGCCCCUUUUAUGUGCACGUGCUCACACAGUGAAACAUGUCUUCACCUGUAACAGCAGUAAAUCCACCUCGCAGGUGUCCACUCUACACUUUAACAUGCAGAGGACACACACUGAGCUCUUAGCGUGUUCAUUCCAACAUGUGAACAUGAAGCAGAGAGGAAGCUGUUCCACCUCUGAACAGGACUGAAGUCCCUGCUGCUCUUUCUACUGGAUGAGCUGCAUCAGUGACUCACAGCUGAUGAAGUGAGUCUCUGUUACACUGAUGUCUUCUUCUCUCAACAGGUGGAGGUGGACUUAGUGAAGGUGAGUGUCCAGUCCACCAUCCUCCCUGGGUGUUCCUGUGGAUGUGACACAGCAUCAUCAGUGGAUCUGCUGCUGCUCUGUUCUUUGACUCACAAAAGUUUAAGUCGUAAAUAUUUCCAAGUUAUGUGACGAAAAAUGUUCAAAUUUAAUGCAAAUUUUACUUUCAUAUGUAAAAAGUGACAUUAUAUUUACUGGUCAGGACGUGAAGCUGUGAGCAGUCGCUGUUAUAGAUAAAUAUCUGCUAAGUUCAGACAAGCUUUUUAUAUUUUAAACAGUUUCACCCUGAUCCUGCUGACGGCAGUGUGUUAUCAUGUUGUGUUGAAAACUAAAGACAUCAGGUGAAAACCAUGAGCACUGCAGGGAAUCAGAAAGUGUAAAGUUGUGUUAUCUGAACACAGACAAUUGUGACCAGGCUGUAAAUAAGAUGCUCAGUACAUUGAAGUAUAAAGUCAACAGUGAUUUCUAAGAGUCGAUGUAAAUAAAGAAGAAAAGAAAAUGACGAGGUGAAGAACUUUAUCAGAUUGAAAAAAAUACUAAAAUAUUUUCACCCAAUGAGAAGCUGAGGUUGUUUUUCUGUUCAAAGUUAAUUUAAUAAUGUUAUUUGUCAAAUAGUGAAGUUUGACAUGAACAUAGUUUAAUAACCUGCUUCACCUCAUGACUCUGAUGUAAAGUGGUGUGAGUCUGUGGGUGAAGACGUUUAGAAACACAGAGAUAAUUGGUUUGGAGCCGGGAGCCUGCGGCUCUGCUUCACUGAGAAGAUGAAAACGUCUGGACUCAUCAGAUCUAAUCAGUUCAAUGACUUCAUGAAAAACAUGUGAACUCACAUUUUGAUGAUUUUCAAUCUCUCUGGAUUCUCCACACAUGUUUUCAUAACUGAUCUGCAUGUUCCUGCUCAUGUACAAAGAGAUAGAACAUUUUAUACAAGUGGACUUUCUUUCAUGUAUAGCGUUUAUACAACAUCGGACAAUAAGAUCACACUCAUCAACAUUUAUUCACAAAUGUACAUAAAAUAAAAGGAAACGAGGGAAUAUCCCUUAAAGUGACAUGUUUCAAUCCACAACGUGAUCGACUGCAGAAGAAUCAUUUUUAUUCAGUCUCUGAUCGUACUUCACUCACAGACCUCACUACGUCCAGGACGUGAUGUCAUCACUUGUAACAUGUUGUGUAAACUCCGACAGGACGUUAUCAUGUUUUAUCAAUGAUUGUUGAUUAUUCUGAGUAUGAUCUCAUUCAGGUUAAGUUCAUCAGAACAAAUUAUUUAUACGUCAGUGUCUUAUUCAGAUUAUUGUCUUAAUCUGGUUGAUAGCAGAAUAAUGUAUCCAUCGAAACGUCAAGCGGUGAUUGGUUGGUGAGCGACAUGUCGGCCGUCACGUUUCACACAGAAAGAAUAUGUGAUUCAAUAAUCAGCUAAUCAGGCUCAUGGAGGAGGCGGGGUUUAUGACAUAUACUGCAUCCAGUCACCAGGGGGCACUGCAGAUCAUUUGGCUUCAUCUUAAUUUACAGUCUGAAUUUUAAUGAUAUUAUUUCAUGGUGUUUUACUGAAUGACGUCAGAUAAGUAAGUAAAAAGUAAAAUAAACAGUUUCCACUUCA